AUGUCCGACAACUCCCCGAACGUUAUAUGCCCCAGCUCGGGGGAGCAGGACAUUAAAGAUACAGAAAUCGCAGCAACUGAGGCCGCGAGUGCUAAAUGUGUUAAAAUACAACAAGAUGACCAUGAUACACCAUAUGCUGAGAAAAAUAACCUUGAGAGACAAACCAAACUCUUCGAAUGUAACAAAAAUUUGAUAGACAAAGUGAUAUUGAACUAUAUCAUAGUAAAGCAAAUACUCAGUAAUUUGUCGUGGCAAGAUAAAUUGCUCUGUGAACAUGUCUGUACAACUUGGAAUUCAGCUAUAAAAACAUUAAGAAGAGAACAGCUUGGUCCAGGGGAUUUUGUCACAGACUUUCGAACUCAUUCAUUGACAUGUGGUACUGUAUACAAACAGUCAAUAACUUUUUGUAACAAUCCUAUGGUGGUUAUGACCUUUGUCAAUACAUCUGGAUUUAGUAUGUCAUGUCAGUGUAAAUUAAUAAAACCAAAUCCAUGCCCUCAACCAUGCAAAAAAGAACAUUGUUUGAUUGAUGUGGUGCAUAAAUUUAGCUGUGCUCCCAAUGACUGCAUGAACAUUGUUAGAUCAGACUACAUAACCUACAUGCCUCUACCACAAUCAGUGACCUAUAAACACACUAUAACCCAUUUGAAAUCACAUCCCUUUAUAGGAGGCUUAUACAUUCCAGUGAUACCUGAUGUAAAGUAUCAUACAAUCAACAUAAAGUCAAAUGGAAUCAUGCAGGACGACUUUUAUAGUAUAGUUGAUGAAAUAGCAAAAGACAGAACGUUCAAAGGAGUUCUUGUGUAUGUGACGGACAAGUAUUUGUUGCGUUCUGUUGAACAUAUUGUCUUUUUAAAUUAUUUCAAGGAUGUACAACCCAAUGUACCAUAUGCGUUAGGAGGCUGUAUUAUCGAUGAUACUAUAUUUGAACAAAGAGAUAUUAAUGGAAUUGUUGAAGGCGUCAAUAAUGGAAAUGAUUUUAUAAGCGAAAAUUUGAUCUCAAUGGGCUUAUUUACUGUUCCAAAAGAAUCUCCAAGCAAAGAUUACAAUUUUGAGAUGUAUUCGUUUAUUCUCGAAUCAUCAGAUUGGUCUAAAGUUAAAAUACAGCAGGCAAUCACUGAGUUCUCAAAGAGAGUACCAAGAUUUGAGUACAGCGUAGCUCUCAAACUUUCCUGUGUUGGUCGUGAUCGGAAACAUAAGUGGGAGCAAGAGUGUUUCCGCGCUGUUUUCCCGUAUACUAGGAUUAUAGGUUGUUUUGGUAAUGGAGAAAUAGGUGUCAACCACCCUGCGAAACCUGCACCAGCAGAGUCAAUAAAUAGUGUUAAAAGGCAUAGAAGAGACUCUGGACCACAAUUUGGUAUUGUGUAUUCAUAUUCUACUGUCUUUGUAUACAUAGGCUGGGGUAAAAUGAUUCAGCCAAAGUAGUUAAAGUAAUAAAGAAUAAUUUGGACAUAAUUACUAAGUGGCCCAAUAUUUAAGGAGUUAAUGAGGUAGAAUAAGUAUUUCUAUAAUAACUGUGUCUAAGUUGUAAAAAUUUUAAUUUUUAAAAAAAAUUAUUUCGUAAUUUGAGGCUAAGAACAUAAUUUGAAAAACACUUCUGUUAAUAGUCAUGUUCUUGUAACAUUGUUUGUUUAAACAAAUAUAAUUUUAAAUAAGGAGUAAGUUUGAUAAAAAUAUUUUGUGUACGAAUUUAUGUUGGAGACAAUUAUGUAAUAUAGUAAAUAAUUAAUUACACAAUAAGUGUAAGUAUAAGUUUGAUCAUUUUUUUUCCUGUCACUUGAAAGAGUAACCAAAAAGGUAUAAUAUACAGAAUAGAAAUAAGAUUUUUGUGUAAGUUAGAAUUGAUAUAUAAAUGACAUUUGUAUGCUUAUAAAUAAACAAAAAUUAUACAUAAAUCGUGUUAUUUUAACGGGAAAAAGGGUAACGACUGGGUCGUUAAAUUUCGUAAAUAAUAUGAUAAGGAAAGGAUCAUAUAAUCUAUUUAUUAAUCAGACCUAAGUUGAAUGUAGAAUAAUAAAUAAAUGAUUUAUGUACAAACA